AACGUAUUAAAACGUACAAUGCGGUACAUUGGAAUUUUACGUUUUCUCUAUUAUUAUCAGUAUCCACCUAGGUACAUUGAGCGUCUGCGUGAAUCCCUAUGCAAUACGACAAGGCGCAGUAUAUAUCUUAUGAACAUGCUGGUCGAUCACUGAGGUAUAUGUUCACCCUUGCUUACUCCCUAAGUUACACGCCUCGGUGUUUGAUAUGGUGGUCCCAUAACAUCACUGCCUGCCUACGUGACUCAGUAAGUUGAUACAAGUCCAAAUUCGACUGGUAAUCAAAACAUGCUGAAGCCCCUUAUGUUGGUUGCGGUACUGCUGGCCUCGGUACUCCUUUACCGCAAGCUAUGCUAUAAGCGAUUUGUACAAUACAACAGGUUCCCCCAGUUGCCAACUUCCCUCUUCUGGGGGCACCUCAAAGUCUACAAUGAGAUUACUAAACGCGGUAAACUAGACCGCGACCAUGACUACAUUUUUUCCGAAAUAUAUGAAAUGCUUGGGCGGCCGCCCUUGGUGCUGAUGGAUUACCGACCCAUCUGUCGCCCUGUAGUUUUUGUUACGUGCUAUGAAAUCGCAGAACAAAUAUCGAGGGCCACUAUACAGUUCCCAGCAAGCGUUCCGAAAGUCGACCUCAGAUACCUCGAGCACGUCAUAGGAAGGACCUCUAUCUUAUCAUCGCAGGGCGAUAUGUGGAAGUCAUUACGCAAAACGUACAAUCACGGCUUCUCUCUACAGCACCUCUUGACAUUCUUACCUACCAUGUUGGACAAAACAAUAAUAUUUACCAAGCAUCUCGAUAUGCUAUCAAGCUCCCAGGACAAGUUCUCCCUUGUGUCUCUUACUACAAACCUGACUUUCGAUAUCAUCGGCGCAGUUAUUAUGGAUGUUGAUCUGGAUGCUCAGCAUAUGGAUCCAUCACAACGAGGCGAGCUCAUCCGCUCAUUUACUGAGCUCUUAAGGGCAUACUGGGAUGACAAGAUCCAUUUACCAUGGUGGUUCAAACCUCUAACCACGCUGAAGCGUCGAAGGGCUGGCAAGCAGGUCGACAGAAUCCUAAAGGCCAUGAUCCGACGCAAACACGAAGAACAACAGACACGUCAAGAUAAGACUAGCCAGCGCUCGGAGAGUAUACUUUCUCUCAGUCUGCAAAACGCUAAAGCGCUCCCCCAAGAUCUUCUUGAUAUAACUUGUGACCAGCUCAAGACUUUUCUCUUGGGUGGCCAUGAUAGUCCCAGCGCCACGCUCGCCUGGGUUUUCUAUGAAUUAUCGCGUUGUCCGCGGGCCAUGGCAGCGGUACGUGCCGAACUCGACCACAUAUUCGGUCCCCAGACAGAUCCGGAGACGAUACGUGCCCAGCUCGUUCCGCCGCUCGGCCCAGAGCUUGUGGGCCAAAUGACAUAUAUCAUUGCCGUAAUCAAGGAGACCUUGCGACUCCACACGCCGGCUUCCACUGCGAGGUAUUCGACAACGGGGAAUUUUUACACAAUACGCACCCCAACAGGCGAAGAAUUGGGCCUUGACGAUGUAAUAGUAUACAAUUGUAAUUCGAUUAUCCACCGCGACCCCAGGGUCUACGGUGACACGGCCGAACAUUUCAAACCCGAGCGGUGGUUAGGCGGGUCACAUCAGCAAUCAGAAAAGGGCCUGGAUUCAGGUACAGCUGAAUUUCCCUAUGCCGCAUGGAGGCCAUUUGAACGGGGGCCUCGUAGUUGUAUCGGGCAGGAAUUUGCGAGCAUUGAAAUCCGCGUGAUUAUCGCUGUCAUUGCUCGCCGUUAUGAGUUCACCAAGGUGGGUCUUGGUGAGCUUGCCCUGAGUGAGGAUGGCCGGCCGAUCCUCGAUCAAGAUGGACGAUAUAGAGUCAAGUCACAGGUUUAUGAUAUACGACAGAUUACGGCCAGGCCGGUAGACGACAUGAUGGUGAAAGUCAAGAGGUUGGAUAGUACUUAAACAGAAAAAAUAUCAGUAUCACAUAUUAUGACCAUGCGGAUUUCAUGAAAUGAGUGAACGGGAAUCCUGGCAUGAAUGAAUUGGAAUAUUACCUAGGUAGUUUAGUU